GGUAUUUAAUUAUUAACCGUGUUUCAGUUGUUUCGCUCCGUUGCCUGGAGACGGAGCGACCCGCUGUUGCCAUGGGGACCCGACAGCAGCUGCACGCGCAGGUCGUCUGAGGUUCGUGUGCAUCAGGAGAUACCCGUUUUCUACUGGGUGUGGGUCACUUCUGACCCACGUUGCUGCACUUCCAUGAACGUUGUCAGGAUUUCUGGUUCUCUCAGAUGUUCAAAUGCAGCAGGAUGUCUUCUCUGUCCAUGAAGCCGGAUCUCCGUCACACCGUUUCUGAGUGGAGCAGCAACAACCAGCAUCUGUCGGCCGAAGCUCAACACCAACGUUGUGUUUCUGCUGCGAUCCGACAGGAUGGGAGGACGCUGCGCAACGAGACCAGCUGCAAGACGGUUUGGGAUGAGAGCGACUCGUCUCGGAGGCUCAGCGACCGGAUCUGGGAUGUUGGCCGGUGGAAGGACGUGUUGGAAAGCUGUGCUCAGAAAGUGGACGAAGAGAUGGAGGCUCUGACUCUGUCCAAACAGCAGACUGAACAGAACCUGGCCGCCACCGCCGUUCCUCUGGACGUGUCCACCGAGUGUCUGACGCUGAGGGACGGCCGGAGAGGCUUCGAGCUGGUGGUGGAUCCGGUGGAGGAGCAGCUGAAGAAGGAGGUGGAGCUGAUAGAGCGAGUUCAGCAGGUCCUGCAGCAGAACGUGGACAAAACCUUCGAGCAGCUGUGUGUUCUGCAGGAAGCUCGGCACCAGCUGACCUCGGACCUCCAGAACAAGAUGGACGCUCUGGACGUGGACAUGUCCUGUCUGUCGCUCACCAUAAAAUCUCCUCACAUCUCCCUGAAGACAAACCCGACUCGCAUCCCGUCAGGGUCUUCCAGUCCUCAGGAAUGGCUCCAGUUCAGCCAGUAUAACGUGUCCAGAGCCCAUGAAGCCAUGCAGGUUUCCCAGCAGAUGAGGGAGGACAUGAGCCUGACCAGAGCCCAGCUGCAGAAUGAGCUGGAGACUCAACGCAGAGCCACAGAGUUUUCUCUCCGUAAACGGAACCACCAGGAAGAGCAGGCCCGAGAUGAGCUGGAGUGGCAGAUAAGAACCACUGAAAAUGAAAUGUCAGAGAUGGAGAGGGACAUCAGCAGUUUGGACGCAGAUCUGCAGGCGAAGACGGCCAACCUGAAGCUGGCUCACACCAGACUGGAGACCAGAACCACCAGACCUGGGAUGGACCUGUGCAGGGACGAGGUGCAGUUGGGCCUCGUGUCUGAAGUCCAGCAGCUGGAAGCUACGAUCACGGCUCUGAAGCAGAAGAUCUCCGAGGCUCAGAACUCUCUGCAGAAGAUGAAGCUCCAUCAUUCCCGGAUGCUGCAGGAUCUUUCCAGAAAACAAGAAUCUUUGUCUCUGGAGCAGCGAAGCCUGAACACCCGAAACCGCCUCGCCUCCACCUCCAGCACCAAUAAAACUCCAGCUCUGGUGGUUCCCCUCAUGAACUCAAGUGGAAGAAGCAACUUAAAGCUGCUGGCUCAGUAAGAAGAUUGUGUUUCUGGAUCAGAUUUAUUUCUUUUAGGCUCAGAAAUAAUGAGUCGGCAUGACUGGAAAAUGCAGCAAAGCUUUCCUUUGUUUUAUUAAUUAUUCAGAUUAUAUCCAUCAUGUUUCUCCUGUUUCAGAGGCCGUUCUGAUGUGAUUAACUUGCAUUUAUCUGUGUUGUGUUCAGUGACCUAUCUUAUGUGUGUCUCUUUAAUCCUUACAGCAAAGUGUUGUGUCUAAAGUGUGAAUUUAAACGGCUGUUACAAUGAAUUAAACAUCUACUGGUGAAGCUAAA